CGGGCCGGGUAUCGGCUGAGGCUGCAGCCAAUUCGGCUCGGUCUCUGUUCCCUUGGACGUGCGGGGCUCCCGCGGUCGGGGGCGGCUCCCUGCCGCCUGUGAGCGGCGUCGGCAGCGGCGGCAGAGCUGGUCCAAUUCAGUGCACUCUCCUUUGGAAAGGAUGGGCGUCCCUAGGCCCGGCUGGGAUUCUGCCAGGCUCCAUUGCCUGGUGUGAGAGGAAGGCAUCCUUUCCAGCCCUGGCAUCUUUGCUCAUCAUGGCCCCGCUCAGCUGCUGCCCAUUCGCCUGGGGACUCAGAGGGCCCAGCUUCAGCCCUGGGAAGUCCCAUCAGGCAGUUCGGCACCACCCUUCAGAGGCCUCCCAGGCACUGUGCUCCACCUGGAGCAAGAGCCAUUGAUGGCCUCAGCAUGGGAGAACCCCCUGCCUUCAUAUCUACCUGCCUGGCACUGCCCACUCUAAGCCCUGUGAACUAGGUCGAUCUGGAAGUGCCAACCCUGUGAACCCAUUGCCCACCCCUAGGGAUCCCUGACCACCCCCAACCAUGUGUGAAGUAAUGCCUACCAUCAACGAGGGGGACCCUGGGCCCCCCCACGGUGCCGAUGCCGACGCCAACUUUGAGCAGCUGAUGGUGAACAUGCUGGAUGAGCGGGAGAAGUUGCUGGAAUCAUUGCGUGAGAGCCAGGAGACCUUGGUGGCCACACAGAGCCGACUCCAAGAUGCUUUGCACGAACGGGACCAACUUCAGCGCCACCUCAACUCUGCCCUUCCCCAGGAGUUUGCCACAUUAACCCGGGAGCUGAGUGUGUGUCGGGAGCAGCUUCUAGAACGGGAGGAGGAGAUCUCAGAGCUGAAAGCUGAACGGAAUAACACAAGGCUGUUGCUAGAACAUCUGGAGUGUCUUGUGUCCCGUCAUGAGCGAUCCCUUCGGAUGACAGUAGUGAAGCGUCAGGCUCAGUCUCCCUCUGGUGUCUCCAGUGAGGUAGAAGUGCUCAAGGCCCUUAAGUCUCUGUUUGAGCAUCACAAGGCACUGGAUGAGAAGGUUCGGGAGAGGCUACGGGCAGCGCUGGAACGUGUAAGCACCUUGGAGGAGCAGCUGGCAGGUGCUCACCAGCAGGUAUCUGUUCUACAGCAGGGAACUGGAACCCGGGAUGGAGCUUCAGGAGAAGAUGGGGCCUUGGAGUUGGGACCGAGACUCUUAUGGAAGGAUGAAGCAGGCCGGGCGGGAGAGCUGCAGGAGCGCCUGGAGAAGCAGACCUUUGAGCUGAAUCAGGCCCGCGAGCGCCUGGUUGCCCUGGCCAGCACAGUGGCUGAGCUGGAGGAGGAUCUGAGCACUGCCCGCAGGGACCUCAUCAAGUCAGAGGAGUUGAGCAGCAGACACCAGCGGGACCUCCGAGAGGCUUUGGCGCAGAAGGAUGACAUGGAAGAGAGAAUCACCACGCUGGAGAAACGCUACUUGGCAGCCCAGCGUGAAGCUACAUCCAUCCAUGACCUCAACGACAAGCUGGAGAAUGAACUGGCCAAUAAGGAGUCCUUGCAUCGCCAGUGUGAGGAGAAGGCCCGGCACCUACAGGAGCUUUUGGAGCUGGCUGAGCAGAAGCUGCAACAGACAAUGCGCAAGGCUGAGACCCUGCCCGAGGUCGAGGCUGAGCUGGCUCAGAGAAUCGCUGCCCUCACCAAGGCUGAAGAGCGGCACGGCAACAUUGAGGAGCACCUUCGGCAACUGGAGGCCCAGCUAGAAGAGAAGAACCAGGAGCUGGCUAGGGUGCGCCAGCGGGAAAAGAUGAAUGAAGACCACAAUAAGCGUCUCUCUGACACCGUGGAUCGGCUCCUGAGUGAGUCCAAUGAACGGCUGCAGCUGCACCUCAAGGAGCGCAUGGCUGCUCUCGAGGAGAAGAACACACUCAUUCAGGAACUGGAGAGCUCCCAGAGGCAGAUUGAGGAGCAGCACCAUCACAAGGGCCGCCUUUCAGAAGAGAUUGAGAAGCUGCGCCUGGAGGUGGACCAGCUGAAGGGUCGAGGGGGGCCAUUUGCAGAUGGCGUCCAUUCCAGGUCCCACAUGGGCAGUGCUGUGGACCUUCGGUUCUCUAUGAGCGCUGGAGCCCACGCUCCCCCUGGUCCUACCCCCAGCCUUCACCGCAGGUUUUCUGCCCUUCGAGAGGAGCCCACCAAGGACUGGGAACCAUCGCCACUCUCCGGGGUGCUGGCUCCCCCGGCUGCCCCCGCCUUUGAUAGUGACCCUGAGAUCUCAGAUGUGGAUGAGGAUGAGCCCGAGGGGAUGGUGGGCUCUGUGGGUGUCAUCUCUCCCAGCGGCCACUCAGAUGCUCAGACCUUGGCCAUGAUGCUUCAAGAACAGCUGGAUGCCAUCAAUGAGGAGAUCAGGAUGAUCCAGGAGGAAAAGGAAUCGACUGAGCUUCGAGCAGAAGAGAUUGAGACACGGGUAACCAGCGGCAGCAUGGAAGCACUGAACCUCACCCAGCUGCGCAAACGCAGCUCAAUCCCCACCUCGCUGACCGCCCUGUCUCUGGCCAGUGCUUCUCCACUCAGUGGCCGCUCCACACCCAAACUCACCUCCCGCAGUGCCGCCCAGGACCUGGAUCGAAUGGGUGUCAUGACCCUGCCGAGUGACUUGAGGAAGCACAGGAGGAAGCUGCUGUCACCAGUGGCUCGGGAAGAGAACCGAGAAGAUAAAACCACCAUAAAAUGUGAGACUUCUCCUCCUUCCUCACCCAGGACUUUGCGGUUAGAGAAACUUGGCCAUCCGGCCCUGAGCCAGGAUGAAGGUAAAAGUUCCUUGGACGACCAAGGCAGUAAUCCCAGCAGCAGCAACAGCAGCCAGGACUCCCUGCACAAGGGCACCAAGCGCAAGGGGAUCAAGUCAUCCAUUGGUCGACUCUUUGGGAAGAAAGAGAAGGGCAGGCUGAUCCAGUUGAGCCGGGAAGGAGCCACAGGCCAUGUCCUGCUGUCAGAGUCAGAGCUCAACCUGCAGGAGCCCCUGGUGCCUGCCAAGCUGGGAACCCAGGCUGAGAAGGAUCGUCGCUUGAAAAAGAAACACCAGCUUCUUGAGGAUGCACGCCGGAAGGGAAUGCCGUUUGCUCACUGGGACGGCCCCACUGUGGUCUCAUGGCUGGAGCUGUGGGUGGGCAUGCCAGCCUGGUAUGUGGCUGCCUGCCGAGCCAAUGUCAAGAGUGGCGCCAUCAUGUCGGCUCUCUCAGACACGGAGAUCCAGCGGGAGAUCGGCAUCAGCAACGCCCUGCACCGGCUCAAGCUUCGGCUGGCCAUCCAGGAGAUGGUGUCGCUGACCAGUCCUUCAGCCCCACCCACCUCCAGGACGUCCUCUGGAAAUGUCUGGGUCACCCAUGAGGAAAUGGAGACACUGGCAACAUCCACAAAAACAGACAGUGAGGAGGGCAGUUGGGCUCAGACCCUGGCCUAUGGGGACAUGAACCAUGAGUGGAUUGGGAACGAGUGGCUCCCCAGCCUGGGGCUCCCCCAGUACCGCAGCUACUUCAUGGAGUGCUUGGUGGAUGCCCGUAUGCUGGACCAUCUCACUAAGAAGGACCUUCGAGUCCAUCUGAAGAUGGUGGACAGCUUCCAUCGGAGCAGCCUGCAGUAUGGCAUCAUGUGCUUGAAGAGGCUCAAUUACGACAGAAAGGAGCUGGAGAAGAGAAGAGAGGAGAGCCAGCAUGAGAUCAAGGAUGUGCUGGUCUGGACCAACGACCAGGUGAUACACUGGAUCCAGUCCAUUGGGCUGCGGGACUACGCCAGCAAUCUUCAUGAGAGCGGCGUACAUGGGGCUCUCCUUGCUCUGGAUGAGAACUUUGACCACAACACGUUGGCCCUGGUCUUACAGAUUCCCACGCAGAACACCCAGGCCCGCCAAGUGAUGGAAAGGGAAUUUAACAACCUCUUGGCCUUGGGGACAGAUCGGAAGCUGGAUGAUGGUGAGGACAAGGUGUUCCGCCGUGCCCCGUCGUGGAGGAAACGCUUCCGUCCCCGGGACCCCCAUGGAGGGAUGCUCAGCACCUCAGCUGAGACCCUCCCCACCAGCUUCCGAGUCUCCACCCUGGGGCCGUUGCAGCCCCCACCGGCUCCGCCAAAGAAGAUGCUGCCAGAAGUUCAUUCCCACUAUCUCUACGGACACAUGCUCUCCGCCUUCCGGGACUAGCCACGGCCCCACCUGGCUUCCUCCUUGGCCUCACCGGCCUGGCCGGCUCUAUCCCCUCUUGCUUGUUCCCUUUCCAGUAGCCCCCAGUCUUGUCUGUGACUUUCCAGUUGCCCCUGGAUCUCAGCAUAUACUCAUCCUUGAGCUCUGACCCCCAUCUCCUUUUGUCUGUGUGUUUCAUGAGGCUUUGGUUGGGGCCUCUGUGUGCCAGGCUUGGCCCCAUGGGUUGGUCAUUCUCAGUCUACAGGGGAGAGAAGACAGCAAGCCCAGGGGGUGGAAACAACUUCCCCUUCAUCUUCUCAAUACCUGACCUGUCCCCCUGGCCUUGGAGCAAGGGCCAGGCCACGGCCACUGGUACCAACAGAGUAGUGUGAACUAUGGUUCCCAGGGGAGAGACAGCUGUGUGCCCAGGCUCUGGUCUGUUUCCUUCCUUGUAGGGAGGGCCUCCUAGGCCUUGAGAGUGUUUCUACCUAACAACCUAUUUUGACACCUGUGACAACUUCUACAUUAGCAAUAGCUACAGAAGCAGCUCUCAGGACUUCCUGGGGGUUUAAAGGGCCCUUGAAACCUUUGGAGAAGGCAGGAGAACAGAGCAAAGGGCUUCACCUAGGCUUGGGGCAUGGGGAGAGUGAAAUAGCAGGAAUAUUUCCACCACCAGAAUAGGUUCCAGCUCAGUCUCUCUGGGAUCCAAGCCCCAAGCCCUGGGCAAAGAGAGUGUAAGGAAGAAUGGGGUUGACCAGCAGGCCAGCUUGGGGCUGAUGUGGGAGAAGAGAUGAGAAGAAAUGGAAUACAGAACUGCAGGUCUAGUGUCCACGAACAGGGAAGCCCCUUUCUUCAGUCAGAUAUUCAGACGGGGGCUGGGGGGAAGGGGAGAGCAGACUGUCUUCUGUUAGCAAUAAGUCCCACGUGGCUGUGGGAGCUCUUCUCUCUCUGCUUGCUCCCCAGACCCUGGCAGGACUGCUGGGUUGGUGGAUUCUGGAAGAAUGUCGUAGAUUCACACUGACUCAGAAUGUUGGGGUUGGGGAGAGGAGAAGACAAGGAUUCUCCUCUGCUUCCCCUGAACUUUUCCCAAGGGAUAGAAGUAGGAAGUAGGAGACAGGAAGAGAGGGGAGGAGGAAUGAGUGACUGCACAUGUAUCCUUUUGGGCUCAGAAUCUUAUGGAUCCCAAAUUUCCAGUCCUCUGACUCUUGCCAUAGAUUCCUCUUUUCCCUCCGCCAUGAGCCUGCUCUCUCUGCCCUGGGAGCAUCGCAGGAAGAGGCAUUCCUAGGAAAUCCUCCUCCUG